UACUAGCAGCGGAAGUAUUCAUAUAACCCGCGAUAUCUGUAUGAAACGGAACGAGAUUUGCCCUUUUUGACGGGACCCUUGCAAAAUGGCGGAAGCUGAACAGAAAAAGAAGAGAACUUUCAGAAAGUUUACCUACAGAGGUGUUGAUUUGGAUCAACUUCUUGACAUGUCUAAUGAACAGCUAAUGCAGCUUUAUGGAGCACGUCAACGCAGACGUCUGAAUCGUGGCCUCCGCCGAAAACAGCAGUCUCUGUUGAAACGUCUGCGUAAAGCAAAGAAAGAGGCUCCUCCAAUGGAAAAACCAGAGGUUGUAAAAACCCAUUUGCGUGACAUGAUCAUUCUUCCAGAGAUGGUGGGCAGCAUGGUUGGUGUCUACAAUGGCAAGGCCUUCAACCAGGUUGAAAUCAAGCCGGAGAUGAUUGGCCACUACCUGGGCGAGUUCUCAAUCACCUAUAAGCCAGUCAAGCACGGCAGACCUGGUAUUGGUGCCACCCACUCUUCCAGAUUCAUUCCUCUAAAGUAAACUGCAUCUUUUGGGGCAUGUGUUAUGUAAAUAAAAGCUUUUCUCUAAA